CAGGGAAAUCAAGUUGUCAGACAGGCCAGCCCAGCGACUCUCUCUUCACAACUAGGCAGCUAGCAAGUUAGGUGACAGUCGGUCACGAGUAGAGAGAUUUUCAUGAAAUAUCACAGCUAUGAAGGUCGUCCGUUUGAGCAACUUGUAGCCACAACUAGUACACGUUAGAUAGCUACAGCUAUAGACUUCAGAUAACGUUACACACAUUUCAAAGUAACGUUACGGUGGAAAGAGAAAGUGGAGACAACUUGCUAGCCUGCUAGCUAACCUUUAGCCACCGAGCCUCCUUCAGCUUCACAACUAGAGUUCACUCGAGAUUUGGGCUUGGAUCACCUGUCUUCAGUCAUGCCUUUUCCUUUUGGAAAGUCUCAGAAGAGCCCAGCUGAAAUAGUGAGGAGUUUAAAGGAGAAUGUGGCAUACAUGGAAAAGCUGGAUGCUGGGGACAGCAAAAAGUGUGAAAAGGUUGCAGAGGAGGUGUCCAAAAAUCUGGCUUCGCUGAAGGAGGUACUUUGUGGAACAGGUGACAAGGAGCCUCAGACUGAAGCAGUGGCUCAGCUUGCACAAGAGCUGUACAACACCAACCUCCUCAUUGCACUCAUUGCAAACCUGCAGAGGAUUGAUUUUGAGGGGAAGAAGGAUGUGGUUCAUUUGUUCAGCAAUAUUGUGAGACGUCAAAUUGGCACUCGCACACCCACGGUAGAGUACAUCUCUACACACCCGCAGAUCCUGUUCAUGCUUCUGAAAGGAUACGAGAGUGCAGAAGUGGCUCUGAACUGUGGAAUGAUGUUGAGGGAGUGUCUGCGUCACGAGCCUUUGGCACGGACGGUGCUCUUCUCUGAAGAGUUCUUCUGCUUCUUCCGUUACGUGGAACUCUCGACCUUUGACAUCGCCUCAGACGCUUUCGCCUCAUUCAAGGAUCUCCUCACAAGACACAAGAUUAUGUGUGCGGAUUUCCUGGAGAACAAUUAUGACAGGGUGUUUACAGAGUACGAGAAGCUCCUACAUUCUGACAACUAUGUCACCAAACGACAGUCUUUGAAGCUCCUCGGGGAACUUCUCCUGGAUAGACACAACUUCACUGUCAUGACAAAGUACAUCAGUCGGGCAGAAAACUUGAAGCUGAUGAUGAACUUGCUAAGAGACAACAGCCGAAACAUCCAGUUUGAAGCUUUCCAUGUCUUCAAGGUAUUUGUUGCAAACCCCAACAAGACUCAGCCCGUGCUGGACAUACUGCUGAAGAACCAGACCAAGCUCGUGGAGUUCCUGAGCCACUUCCAGACAGACAGGUCUGAGGACGAGCAGUUCUGUGAUGAGAAGAACUAUCUGAUUAAGCAGAUCCGGGACCUGAAGAGGCCCACGGCACCGGAGGAAGCUUAAAAACCACAGGAACGACGGCUCUGUCAGGUGGUAGAUUUUAGAGGUAGUGGUUGGAUUUGCAGAGGGCUGAGUGAGAGUCUAAAUGCUUCAUUAAGAUUUAACAUUAACUACGAAAUAUAGGAAAAGAGUAACUCUUACUUUCUUCACUUUCUGUUCAUAGUGUGAAUAUGGAGGUGAUUUCCAUCCAGCAACCUGAGUGGGCCAAGAACUGUUAUUUAAAGCAUAGCGUUUCCUCUUUAGUGAUGAUGGAAAGCAUUUACUCCAUUCUUGUUAUGUUGGACCUUAAACUGUUACCCUUCCACAUGCAUUGUCGCUGGCAGAGACCUUAGAUUGACAGAAACUUCACCCCAUUCACAGGCAACUUGAGCUCUGAGGCGUUCUUGAUAGUUCUUGGUAGUCUUUUUUUUUUCUUUUCAAAAACAUGUCUAUAUUUUAGAGAUUGAAAAGCUGAGGAGAAGUAAAUAUAUGAUUUUUUUCUAAUGUAUCUUCAUGGUAAACAAUAACUCUUCUCUCUGGACAUUGCUUAGCCCAACUCAGUGCAUAGGUGUGGUUCAUUGCCUUAUUGUAAGCUGUUGUGUUGUACAGGGACUUAAAUGAUCAUUUGAAAUAUGGCUUUGGCUGAGAGUGACAUGUGGAUCAUAUUGGCCGGGUCAGCACACAGUAUUUUUAUUUUUAUUUUUUGGUGAUUAUCGUGUAGUUCUUGGGCCUUUGAUCGCGCGUGUGAGGUUACGGAGGUCUGAAAUGAUCCUGCACUGCUGUACUUGCCAAUGCAUUAGCCGACACAGGAAGAGAAAAUCAAAACCAUAGAGAGGAAUCAAUUUAUUGUGCUGUGAUUUUUUUUUUUUUUUCUUUUAGGCUGUGUUCACCGAGGCUUACAUGACUGAAAUAGAAACACAGCAUCAGAUAAUGCUGCAGGGUAGCAGCCGUCCGUUCACUGCUAACAUGGACAGCCAGGAUGUACAGAUUGAUCUCACUUGGAGCACUCCACUUCAUCCUCACAUACUGAGCACAGAUAGCAAUAAUUCAUUUGAAACAAUGCUUUAACAAAUCUUUCAUUCAUGUGAUUUUAUACUACUCCAGGUCUGUCGUCUCAGGCAUUUUUCCAUUACAGUAUAAGCACUGCAUAAUACCAGAAAUAAUAUUGCAGUUUACACGGAGGCGUUGCAUGAGGAUGCAUCAUAAGUAUGUUGCAGUGUGAAUCUGUUAUGUUCAUAUCAGAGCCUGACAUGUUAUUUAAAAUUAGUCCACAUGCUGAUAAGACUUUAUACUACCUUCAUUGCUUUUCCAUGAAUAUUAUUUACUGGUUUUCUUUGACAUUUCUUAUUGAACAUCUGCUACACAGGACUCGAGGGAAUGGACAGUUUUAUUUGACUGGAAUAUUUGUGCUAAAACUAACGAAAAUCAGCUCAUAACAUCUUCUAUCAUACAGUUACUUACUUUAACACCAAAGAGUACAGAAACAAAAGAGGGUGGCAGAUUGUGAAACACAUACACAAGAUUUUAAAUGUCAUGUCCUUUGCUGAUAUGAUUAUAAUAAUACAUUUUAUUUGAAUACACUGUAACAUAACUGUGAUGCAUCAGAAAGCACUUUCCUGUCAAAAUAACCACAUACACUGUUAAACCAAGAAUGAGUUUGUUUUGGAUGACGAGCACUGAAUUCAAUUGAGUUCCUCACAAACAUCACUGAUUAGUUACACUUCUUAAAAAGGCUUCUGUUGAUAUAAUUGCCUUACUUCUGCCAUUGUCACUCAAAUGGCAUAUUAGGGAUUUCGAGAUGUGUUGCCUGUGCGCACAGUCUUUUAGUAUAUACCUCAUGGGAUUUGAAUUUGCAAAUGCUGUGUUCUCUUUUCUUUCCUUCCUAGAUGAGAUAUUUUGUUUGACAUUUUAAAAUACACAACAGUGGUUUGUAUGCAUGCCUAAACUUGAUAUAUAUAUAUAUAUGUUCAGACUUGAACAGGGACUGCAGCCUGGUUUUCACAAUGGAAAACUAGAUUUUUUUAAACUUAAAUAUUUCAUUGGGCGGCGCCACACAAAUGUUAAUUCAUACUGAAUUGCAGUGUGGUACCUUGUAAUGAAUGUUGCCUUAUUUAAAGACAUUUAAUGGAUUGUAAUGAGCAUGUAAAAUUCCAGACCUCUGAAUUUGUUUUUAAACCAAAGUCAAUAUAAAAAGGGUAAAAGUGUACUUAUCAAGUCCCAAAUGCAUUAAGAGUUCGUUUCUCAGAUCCACAACUAGUGCAGUGUAGGUUUAUCACGAACUGUGUUACACUCCAAAUGUGAUGCUGUGAGUGUGGAUACAGUUUUCAUAGAAAUCAGUAGGACUUCACACAGAAAGGUUUUCCUGCUGUGAUUAACUGGGCUUCUACAAAAAAAAAGUCUCUCAUCAGUUCAGUCUCAAAGUCAGUAUCAGGCCUUUCAAGAUCCAUAAAACUAAUUUGAGAAAUCUGCUGUGAAUGUGGUGCAUUAUGCAUAAAUACAGAGACUGAAGUCCUGCACACAGUGCACCAUCAUGUCACCAGUUUAUGAAAGAAAGUUUGUCUGAAGGUGUGUUUGAGUUUCUUAAAAUAUCCUGAUGGUGAUUGGCUUUGCUGACAGACUAAACUUACUGGACAGGCUGUAAUAAUAUCCAAGAUUAUCAGAGUGUUGUUUAAGAAAGUAACUUCAGUUUUUAAACAGAGAUACCCUCAAAUAUUUUCAGAUGCUCUUUCUUGAAAUUUGAGUUGAGUCAUGACGUGCACUGUGUGAAGGACGUGCUGCACACAGACGUCCCACCAGAGGGAGCUGUUGGCAAGAAUCGGCACCUUCAUGUUUCUAUAACCCUACCUCUAAUUAUGAGUAUAUAAAAUCACUGGCAAUAUUAAAUAGACAUCAACUCAGAUUCCUUAAGAUCAAUAUAUAUUUCAUGAUUUAGAGUUCUGUUUAAAUAUUUGUUGUGCUUGACUUUUUUUUUUUUUUAUUCUAAUGCCUUGUGUUUUUUUCCCACUGUCUUUUUCCACACUCUGAAUAUUCUCUUUAUUUACCAUGGGAGCGAAUUAUGUGUACAUAACUUUAUAAAGGAAGAAAUUGUGAAAGCAUUCAUGAAAAUAAAACUUUAUGGCAACUUC